AUGAGCAGCAAUUGUAUUGAGGAUGAAGGUGCUGCCUCAUUUGCUGCGGUCGUCCUCCACAACAACACAGUGACCUCUUUGGAUCUCUCGGUUAAUUGGAUCAACAGCGAUGGUGUCGUCGAGAUUGCCAAUGCUUUUCUCGAGAAUCCCAAUUCGACAAUCACAUCGAUCGAUCUUAGUUGUAACACGAUCUGUCCAAAGGGUGCUCGUGCCAUGGCCGAAGCACUCUCUGUCGAUUGCGCACUGCGACAUAUCAACUUUUUCAGUAACAACAUCGAGACCGACGGUGCAUACGAACUCUCGAAAUCCAUUAUCAAGAAUCAUACACUGACGUCGCUCGAGCUAUCGACCAACCUCAUUGGCAACGAAGGAAUCAAGUAUCUCAGUCAAGCGCUACUCGAGAACAACACUAUCGUCUCACUUUCACUGUCACAAAGUCUCAUUGCCUACGAGGGAAUCAAGUAUCUGGUGUCACUGAUCAGUCUCAACCAUACACUUACAUUUUUAGAUCUCUCAUACAACUUUAUUGGACCUAAAGGAGCAGAAGAACUAAGUUUAUCAUUAGAGAAUAACAAAACAAUAACUUCUCUCGAUUUAUCGUCCAAUUCGAUAGGAGAUGACGGCGCCACUGCAAUUGCUGGAAUCUUCCCCAAAAACAACACACUACAACGUCUCUCGCUUUAUAAUAAUAAGAUUGGUCCAAAAGGUGCUAAACCGAUCGUUGAAAACCUACUUAAGAACCAUUCUCUUUAUUCAAUUAAUUUGUUAGCGAAUCGAAUCGAUGCAUACAUAUUAAAACCAAUUGUAAAAAGAUUAGAACAUUUAUUGCCUGCGCCAUCAUAA